AUGACGUCGCAACAAGAUGUUACGCUUCCUCCCACGCGCAUCCCGCGCAAAUCGAUAAGCGGCGGCUCACCGAUGAAGAAGAGGGCAGAGAAGGACAAUGCGACCGUUGAUAUCGGCGCUAUGGGCGCUGGUCGCAAGAAGAUGAGGAGUAAGAGCAUGGGGCCGGGCAGUCUCGAUAUUCUCAAGUCAGGCAAUGGUAAUCGCAGAGCCUCUUUGGCCGUACCAUCACGACCGCCCCCAAGGUCGAUUCUCAAGCCGACUUCGCUCCCUGAAAUUCCCACCUUCAACACGUUCAAGUCGCGACAAGCAGGAAGCAGCCAGGUCGGCGGCACCGAUCAAUCGACGAGCUCAUUCGAUAGCGGCGAAAGCGGGACCAAGGUGGCAGUACGCACUGAGGAGGAACAACAAGCAGCUGCGCGAGAGCGCGAAGAAAAGGAGCGGGCGCAGAUUGAGAAGCACAACAACGAGCGAAGGGAGGCGCGCAGAAAGUCGCUUGCCAACAGGAGAGUGUCAUUCGCCGCCGAAGCCACCCUGCACACAUUUCACGAGAUUGAGCUUCCCCAAGAUUCGACGACAUCUACCGAUACAACACGCCGCGCAUCAUCUUCGACCGCGGCCCCGUCCCCUGCUCCCUCGACUUUGGAAGCUUCGAAACCACCGCCCUCUCCCGAUAACGCCGAAGACGACACCAUUGCGUACGACUCCGACCUUGAACAUGCCGAUGGCGUUGCUGAGAUUCAGGCGGAGGAGAUGACAGGGUCAAGCGAUGACUCGGAUGUUGAGGAUGGCACUAUGAUGACGGUUGAAGCAGAAGAGAUGACCUCGGCAUCUAUAGCAACACCGCGCUCGUAUUUCAGCGCAGACUCAAGUGGAGACUUGGACGAGAACCUACGACUUGCAGCCCGACAAGCUGUAACCCAACGACUGGAUGAAGAUGAAGAGGUUAUCGCUGGGUUCGCAGGAUGGGGGAAGAAAAACAAUGCGCAGGGAAGCUCAAGCCAAGGCAAUGGUCAGAACACCCGUUCCAGUUUCACACAGGGCGACCAGGGAUCGGACAUGGACAUGGACGCGGAUAUGGAUAUGACCACCGCCGUGGGUGGCAUCAUCCGACAGAAGAGUUCAUCGCCAGAGAGGGACGAUGGCGAUGACAUGGACAUGUCGAUGGACGUUACCAAGGCAAUAGGCGGAAUAAUCGCACAACCAAUAUCAUCAACCGUUCAAGAGCUUGACGUUGGGCCCGGUACCAGUAGGGCUUCGGAUGCGAGCCAGUUCGAUACAGAUGCUCUUGAGGACAUGUCGAUGGAGAUAACUACGGCAAUCGGUGCGGUGUUGGGCGGGACCUCGUUCGGAAACGCCCCUCAACAACCUCGGCCGACGACAAACACCGGGACGAAUGACGAAGAAGACGACGCCUCGAUGAUGGAUAUGACCGUCAGUGUUGGUCAAAUUCUACGCGACAGGCCCUUAAAUGAGGCAAACGACACCCAAGCGAUGGACAUUACAACGGCAGUUGGUGGUAUUAUCAAACCAAUGCUAGCUCCUCAGCAGGGCUCGACAAGCCAAACGAUCACAGGGCCCACAGCUAAGGAGAAUAUCCGUCCUCUGACGUCUACGGCUGUGAUUCGAACUUCACCUAAGCGGCGGAGGUCGGCGGUUGUAGACGAGAAUGGAAGCCCUGGUCUUGCUGGUCUUCAGAACAACAAUCUUCGCCAAAGUUUACCGCCUGCGAGUUCAGCGGUAGCAGGGGGCCUGUCUAAUGAUGCAUCAAGCUCGCCAUUACAGAGUUCGCCGUUGAGGAGCUCGCCUACCAGGAUCUUGCCUACUCGAAGCUCCCCGGACAGGCGCCCUCUUGCAAGGCAACAAUCACCAGAUAAAGCGCCAGAGAGACAGCUGGGCACUCCAGUUUCAAAGCCUCCACCUCGAAUGAUUGGGAGCCGAUCAAGCUCACCUAUACGCGCUGCUUCGCCCAAGGUGAAAACCACUCCGCUCAACCUCAAGUCGAAGCUUUUCCGCCAGGAUCCUUCCACUGGGCUCAACACUCCCCGCAUUGUGUUGACUCCCCAGAACCGCCGCCUCUCUGGAGUAGGCGCUGACCGACCGGGAUUGGGCUCGCCCAAAGUUGCAGAAAUCAUCGAUCGCCGAGAUUCCAUCGGAGAGACGGCGCCCGACUUUGUUCCCAGUCAACCCGAUGGCCAGCGUCGAGCCGUGGCCUUCGCGGACCCUCGUGUAAUGGAAGCUGAGCUUGACAAGGAAAGGCGAGAGGAGGAAGAGAGAGAGAACAGUCGGCGGAUCUUGGAGCGAGGAGCGGAUGGCGAACGAGAUGCCACUGUCAAUUUGAUGGAGAUGAUUCAGGGGCUUACCCCCAAGAAAAAGCCUUUGCGUGGUCGAAAGAGCUUGGCGGUAGGAAGUGCGAGAGGUCUUUUGGGGAAGCGACCUGUGGAGUUGGACCAGGAUGUUGAAGAAGAUACCCCGGAAAAGGAUGGAGUGAAACGGUUGAAGGGACAUCAAGGAAGCCCAGUCAAGAACAUCAGGCUACAGGCGCAUCCGUCUAAAGCCGAGACUACAACGGGCAGGGAGACUGUCUCCGAGUCUAUGGACCAAACGAACAACAAUACUGUCACACCAACUAUACCCUCUUCGCCCACAAGAGCGAUAACGCCCAGAAAUCAGGGUCGUUUUAAGGAUGUUGCGAAUGACCAGCCUACCAUUACCAUGGACUUCGACCACACCGGCCCUGUUGAUGAGAAUGCGGUACAGCAGGACGACGAUGGGGAGCGCAUCCACUUACAAGACUUUCUCAAUAUGACGAGUAUUCGGUUUAUGGAGCUCACUACGACUAAGCGAAGACACACUAUUGCCCCAGGGGCCUCCCGAAACAGCACAUCUGCGGAGGAUAAGGAUGUCACAUUUGAGAGUUGCGUGGUGGCCGGUGCCUGUACGGUGCCUAUGCUAGAAUUGUAUCAACAUUCGUGUCGUGAACUGAAGAAGUACAUCUCCGAAGGACGGCGCAUUGUGCGCGACAUCGAGACCGAGACCUUUGUCGAGAACCCACCUUUGUUUAAGGAGUACAUCUCAGCCACUCCGGAGCUCAAGCUCCUCAUGGAUAACCAGUUCAAGAACGUCAAGAGCCACGCGCGGCUACUGAGCAAAGCCAUGUGGUACGAAUGGCGCAUGAAGCUCCAAGAAGGGUUGAAAGAGGGACUGUUCAAGAUUUCGGAGGGGAUGGACAAGGACGAUGAGCUUCUAGGAAAGCAGCAGGAGCUGUUGUCGUCGGUCCUUCCCGGUCUGACCAAGCGAUACGGUGCUCUUGAGCGCGAGCUAGAGAAUCUUGAGGAUGUCGAAAGGGAGCUUGAGGAUUGCGACCCUGAAGAUCUCGCAGCUGCCCGGGCAGAGCUUUCAGAGCUUGGCAAGACCAUUGCCGAGAAGAGCAAGAGGGUUGAGGAACUUCGCCAACAGGUCGAGGAAUAUCAGACCGGCGUUCAGUCCUUGGCUGAUCAAAAACAUCAGUGCUUGGAAGAGAUCACGGCGGCCGACAAGAUUCGGGAGGAGUGCAGAGGGUGGAGCUCGACGGAGAUCAGCUCACUCAAAGCACGCGUCGACGAACUGGAGCAGAAAUCCGGCUGGGCCAUCAACAAAAUUGAAGGUUCGGUGAUGUUCAUGACCUACAAGCAAGAAAUCGAGCUCGCCUUCGACUUGACCUCCUUCAAGGCACACAACAAGCAAGGACCCACUGUCGAGAUCCGCUACAUCGCCAACAAGCGCGAGCGCAAUGUCAUCCCCUUGACUUCCGAACAGAAAUUCUUCAUCGAAUGCAUCAGCAGCCAUCUCCAAGGCUUAUCAAAUCCCUCUCUGUCCGUCAACCGGUUACUCACCAUCGUCAGCGACGCAUGGGACAAAGCCGGCGCAACAGCCGAGCAAAUCCGGCUGCUCAACCUAACCUUUCCCACCAGCGUUACUCGAACAUCCGCCACAACCCUCGAGGUCCGCUCCUCGCUGCUUUUGGCACCACUCCAAACUCGCGUCGAAAUCUCCUUGACCCUGGACAAGAUCUCCAGCGACGACUCGUUCGAAGUGAAAGUCACACCAGACGCCCAAGUCAUCUACGGCGAGCAGUUCACCAAAUCCAAGCUGAAUGACUUUCUUAAGAAUAAGCUCGGGAAGCAAUUGCUUGGACAAAAGGCUGAACAACAACAGCAACAGCAACAGCAAGUCAGCGGCAACAAGAAAAAGCAGCAGUCCCAGGAAUGGAGUGAGGUCGUGUUAGAGUUGCACAAGCGGCUGUUGGCCAAGGGUGCCAAGGCGGGGCAUCAUGCUGCACAGGCGCAGACACAGGCGCAGCAGGCGAAUGGGAGUGCGAAUACCAUGCAGGGCCUGCAAGGACUGCAGGGCCAGGGGGUGGCGUUGAAGUAA